GAAACAACAGUGUUUGUGCUUGAAGCCGAUCUUGUGCUAAAGUAAUAACGUGAAUUUAGUUCAGUUCUCUGUUUUAGGCUCCUGGACUCCAAAAACCCAGGACCUGUUCUUAAAUUACAGCCAACUGUCCAGUACACAGAGUAUUUAAAUAUGGCACAUAUAGGUCGACUAUCAUCCAAAAGCACAGUGCUGAUGCUGUGCGACAUGCAGGAAAAGUUUCGACCAACCAUUUUCCAGUUUACCAACAUUGUGAGCAAUGCAGCAAGACUCCUACAGGCUAGUCGAGUUUUAGGCAUCCCCCCGAUCCUGACUGAGCAGUACCCUAAAGGUUUGGGUCCAACAGUUCCUGAGCUGGGAGCCAGUGACCUAAAGGCCCACACUAAAACACGCUUCUCCAUGCUGACUGAGAGUGUGGAGAAUGAGCUCAAAAGUCUGGGGAACCCAAAGCAGGCCAUACUGUGUGGAAUUGAGACCCAAGCCUGCAUUGCUUGUACAACAUAUGAUCUUUUGGACAGAGGUAUGGAGGUACAUAUAGUUGCAGAUGCUGUCUCAUCUCGCAGCCAAACAGACCGGUUAUUUGCUCUCUCACGUUUAAAGCAAAGUGGAGCUUUUCUGACCACCACAGAGGGUGUUCUGCUGCAGCUUGUGCAGGAUGCCAAGCACCCCAGCUUUAAGGAGAUUCAGAAGCUACUGGCUCAUCCUUCCCCAGAUACGGGUCUCAUUGCCUUCUUCAGUUCUCUCUAGAAGAAACCGCAGCAUACAAUUAGGCUUAGUUCAUUCUUGCACCAAUCAGGAAUCUUCAGAAGCUUCUAUGUAUAAACAGCUUUGCUCAGAUUUGUUUAAAAUGCUGAUUUUACUAAUUUAAAAUAUUGAUUUCUUUCAGAUCCAAUCUGAAAAAAAUUGUACAUGCAUGUAAUAAUACUGUAAUAAAUGAACAUGGUGUGUAAAGACA